AUGGCGUACGGACAAACGUACACAGACAUGAACGAUCUUCUAGGACAUUUGUUCAAUGAGACACGAUAUAACAAACUUCUGAGACCAAUACACAACCAGUCCGUCCCGUUGCAAGCUGAUUUUACAGCGUAUCUUCUAAGCGUAGAACGUUUUGACAUCUCGACCAGGGAGGCAGUCAUCACAGCCUACUAUGACAUAAGUUGGAGAGAUGAAUAUCUUACAUGGGAUCCGUCUGAGUAUGGAGGCCAAGAAAUUCUCCAAUUACCCGAAGGGAAAUUCUGGAUGCCUGAUAUUGUACUGACGUUACAGCCGGUGAGUACUGAAACAUCAGUUUACUUCAACGGCGCAUUUGCUGCUUGGGUUACGUACAAAGGGGACCUUACAUUGAUUCAAAUUGGGACGUACCAGACAAGAUGUAAAGUUGACACCACGCUUUAUCCAUUUGACAUUCACCAAUGUAAUUUUCAGUUUAUUAUGCUGAGUCAUCGCGUUGAAGAUCUGAAGAUACGAUUGCCAACAAAAGCUGUUGAUACCGACUUACUCAGGAAAAAUGGUGAAUGGUAUAUUGAAGAUACAAAUGUAACGGUGGUUGUUACUCCUACAGGUUUUAAAAUAAAGGGCUACAUUUCAACUGACAUGGUAGACGUAUCUUUCACUCUAAGGAGGAGACCGACAUUCAUUAUCAAUAACAUAUAUGUUCCUAUAAUACUUAUGUCAAGUCUAAAUAUAGCAACGUGCUAUGUCAGGCCUGACUCCGGAGAAAGAUUAUCCUUCGCAGUAACAUUAUAUUUGUCCCUGGUUUUCGCUACAACUGCAGCGAUUGAAUCGAUUCCAAAUAAUUCACUGAAAAUGCCAUAUAUGUCAUACGAAAUACUAAUGAUAAACUUUAUAAACACCAUCGGCGUGGCUUGGAGUAUAUUUAUAGUGCGCCUCUCAAAUAUAAAGAACAUCGAUGAAAAAAAGAUUCCUAACUUCCUACUGAAAAUGGUAAGAAAAAGAAAUAAACUAACCCGGAGUUUUACUAUGGAAACUGAUGUUGAAUCCGUGGGAUCAGUUGAUUUACCGAAAUACGACGAUGUUAAAGGUAACGAUGAGAAAUGUGAAAAAGAUGCGGAUUCGAUUAAAUCAGUAAUUUGGAACGAUGUAACCGGACAUGACCUUGCUGAAGUAGUUGACAACAUCUACUUUUGGUUGAUGUUUAUCGCCAUAUUUGCACUUCUUAUUUCUUUUGCUGCAAUUGUUGUAGUCCAAUGGGCACGAUCGUAA